GUUUCCAAGAUGUAUCACAUUGUAAUGGAGUUGAAAUACAAAGAUUACCAAAUUAGUGAUUUCUUAUUGAAAACGUCAAAUCAGAUUUUAUUUCCUUUAUCCCUGGAAAUAGGACUUUUUUUGCUUGUAUUGGCUUUUAUUUUGAUGGCAAUUCUCUCUUGGAGGACUGAUAUUUUUUCAUUCUAUUUUUUUUUUGGGAGGGGAGGGGGAGUGGGGGUUGUAUUAUCAUUUGUUGUGUUACUUGUGAAGGAGGAGAAAGGAGGAGGGGGAGAAGAGAAGGAACAGAAAGGAGGGAAGAAGAAUAGGGAAGAAAAAUUCUAUCAUGAUGAGGGAGGGUGCUCUCUCUGCCAUUGGAUUGAGAGGUUGAGCUUAAACUGUGUGUGUUGAAUUGAGAGGCUGAAAGGGGAUAUGCUGGUUGAGAGUGACCUCCUCAUACACCUGCUAAAGAAAGAAAUUUCUGAUUGUCUUUGCUCUUGUAGGUUUUACAUCUUUAGGUCAACUGAAAUGUCAGCUUUAAUUAUUUCGUUGACAGGGCACUUGUUAUUCCUCACUACAGUCAUGGAAGAAGAUCUGACCAAUUUUGAGAAGAAAAAUACCAAAUGUAUAAAUGAUAUUCCUCACUACAGCCAUGGAAGAAGUCAUGGAAGAAGAUAUGACCAAUUUUGAGAAGAAAAAUACCAAAUGUAUAAAUGAUGUGGACAUAUGUGUGUGUUUACAUGCGGGUAGAUGUUUUUGGCUCAAAAACUGGAUUCUAAUUAGGUAUUAAUUUGUUUGAACAAAUAAAACAUAUUGGCAAUUCAAAUUUGACUUACAAGCGCCAACAUUGGCAAUAGGCUCGAAAUCGUUUAGGUAUUGAUUCAGUUUACUUUUCUCAAAAGGCGAGUAAAGUGAGUGAGUUUUUGAAUCAUCUGUACAUUUAAAAAAUCAAAUUAGUAAAUUUCCUGUCAUUUAUUAUUCAAAAAAAUGAUUUGUAUAUGAACAAAGAGGAACAAAGAUUUUACUUGAAAUGUAACUUUGGAAAUAAUUUUCUAUAUAUUCUUUGAUUAAUAAAAUUGACUUAAAAUCGGUUGAGACCAUGAGCGGUUUUUACUGAAUGUCAAGUCGAAAGCUCUCUCAAUCCAACCACUACUGUUUCGACAACUCCUACAUUCACCAUUAACGUUCGUUCAAUUCUUGAUGGGUCUUUUCGUUUUCAUUUCUUAUCUCUCUUAUGUCUCUGUUAGUCUCCGUUCUUCAACCCAGAAGCCUCCUUUCCUACUUCACACCCAUCAAAUGAAAACCCUCUAUCACCAUUUUACUCUAUCAAUCUCUUCUUCUUCUUCAAUGCUACAUUCAUGCAAAGACCUCCGAACUCUCAAACACUCGUAGUUUCAGCUCUGUGUGAAUCCACUCCAAUUGUUUCAAAGUUGUUAUCUUUAUAUGCACAGUUUGACGACCUGGACAGCGCUGUUUCAUUAUUCAAUGCUGCAGCUCGAGGAACUGACACAAUAGUCUGGAAUUUGAUCAUUAAGGCCUAUGUUGAUUCUGGUCUUGUUGAUUCGGCAUUUGGUCUUUACAAGCGGAUGCGAGAGUUGUGUGUCGUGCAUGAUAGUUUUACGUUUCCGAUAAUAAACCAAUCUGUUUUGUUGCUUCAAAAUGGUAUGCAAUGCAGAGAAUCGAUUCAUUGUUUGGCGAUUCGUAUGGGUUUUGAUUCAGAUAUAUAUUUUUGCAACACGAUGAUUGAGGUCUACGUAAAAUAUGGCUGCUUUGGUUAUGCUCGUCAGCUGUUUGAUGAAAUGUGUCACAGAGAUUUGGUUUCUUGGACAUCCACUACAAGAAAAAUGGUUAUUAACAACUUAAUAUAUACAUGGUACAUACUUAUAUAUUACAAAACUGCUAUCCCCUACCUUCCUUUGCGAAGGAGACGUUGGGAAAUUGAUAGCUCUGUAAGGGCAAUACAGAUUUCUCUGUCCCCAGAUCUACAAUCUGCCAUGGCAAGGCACCUUAAUCAGGCCAUCAAUAUGGUGAUUCAUGCUUCAUCAUCAAAGCCUGCACAGUUCUUAAAGGAUCGAGAUGUUCCCGGUGCUUUUAUGCUGUUCCAUGAAAUGCGGAUGGAGUUUGAACCCAAUAUAGUGACAGUAAUGGUCAUGGUCCAGGCAUGUUCUAUAUCUACUACUACUAAUGGAAGACUAACUGAUGGGAGACAACUUCACGGUUAUGCGAUGAAAAAAGGAUUCCUGAUUGAUAGGUCGGUGAAAAAUUCAAUUCUGAAAAUGUAUAUUCAUAUGGAUAAUGUAAAUGAUGCUGAACUUUGUUUUAGAGAAAUUGACAACAAGGAUACUCAUUGCUUCCAUAAAAUGCAGAUUCAAGUAAUACCCAGCUUUGAGACAUUAACCUUACUUAUUUCAGCAUUUACAGAGGGUGGAGAUCUUUUUCAAGGUAAACAGAUACAUUGCCUCUCUGUAAAAAGUGGACUACUUGACAAUAUUUUGAAAACUUGUUUGUUGGAUUUUUAUGCGAAGUCUGGGGAGUUGGAGGCCUCAGCAAAAUUGUUCAGAGAAAUCCCUCAAAAAAAUAGUAUUACCUGGAAUGCUAUGAUGUCAGGUUUCAAUCAAAAUGGGAGUUUCAAAGAGGCCAUUGAAUUAUUCCAGCAAAUGUUAGCUGUGGGUGUUGAACCUGUAGCUGAAAUUUUAAGAAGCCUCCUGGUUGCAUAUACCAAUAUGGGUGCUCUACAACUCGGCAAAGAGAUUCAUGGCUACCUUAUAAAAAACAAUUUCUUUAAGGAAGACGGUGUGCUCUUGGAAACCUCCAUCUUAAACAUGUACAUAAGAUGUGGAAAUAUUUCUUCCGCGAGGAUUUGUUUCAAUAGAAUGCCUGACCGUGAUAUUGUGACAUGGUCGUCAAUGAUUGAAGGAUGUGGGACACAUGGGAUGGGUUUUGAAGCUCUAGAACUUUUUCAUCGGAUGGUAGACGGAGGAAUAGAGCCAAAUAGUGUCACCUUCUUAAGCUUGUUAUUCGCUUGUAGCCACUCUGGUUUGUUGAGUGAAGGUUGUGAAGUGUUCAAUUCCAUGAGAUGGAGAUUUGGUGUUGAACCUGAUUUGAAUCACUACACUUGCCUGGUGGAUCUAUUGGGUCGAUCUGGAAAGCUGAAAGAGGCCUUAGCUAUAAUUGUGAAAAUGGUGGCUUUUCCGGAUAGUAGGAUUUGGGGUGCGCUUCUUGCAGGCUCCAGAGUAUACGGGGACCAAAAUGUUAGGGAAUAUGCAGGUGAGAGGGUGUUGGAGUUGAAACCUAAUAAUGCUGGAUAUUAUACUGUGUUAAGUAAUGCGCAAGCUAGUGUUGAAAGGUGGAGUGAAGUUGAAGAAGUAAGGAAUGUCAUGAAAGACAAGGAUUUGAUGAAAAGGCCUGGCUGGAGUUGCAUAGAAUUAAAAGGAUUGCUUCAUGGCUUUGUUUCAGGGGAUAGAUCACACCCUCGAGUUGUUGAAAUCUCUGAGAUUUUGGAAUGUUUAAGCAGGAAAAUGCAAGAUUUAUGAGA